AACAUUUCCUGACCGAUGUACCCACCUCACUGAAAAGUCUUUUUACAUCAGAAAAUCUAUGUUUUUAUUGCAAUUGAGCUCCAUGCAAGUGUAAGACUUAACUGCGCCCUAUUUAGGAGAUCUCCUUUUAUAUUUGCAAGAGACAUCCGCACGUCACCUGACAUCAAGAAAUGGAGCGUGGAGAGUUUGGCACUCACACUGGCCCAUCAUAUGGUGCYGUUGGUCAGAGUGCAGGCUUUCAUAGACAAGGCUUGCAUGUAGAUCACCAAGAAGAAUUUCAACAGAUGAGUGAUUCUGUCAGCAGCAACAUCUUUCAAAUCAACAGCAAUACUGCUGCACUUGAAAGAAUCCUAAAGCAGAUAUCAUCUGGCAAAGAACGCGUACCACAAGAAAAAAUACAUCGCAUUCAACAAGGCACAAACAAACUUGCAAGUACAACAACACAUAUUUUGAAGAAUAUGACUUCUUUAUGUGGUCCUGCACGGCAAAAUAGAAUCCAACAUGAACGUCUAAAAGACGAUUUCAGAGAAGCUGUUUCAAGAUAUUACUCCGUACAAAAUAAAAUUGCUGAUCAAGAAAAACUUUUGGUCAAUCUUAGCUCAAAGCAAGACCAAAGUCAUCAUGGUGAUUUUGGUUCUGAUCAAACACAGCUGAUAGAGGACGACCGUAGAAGAAAUGAGCAAGAACAACUCUCAGAGCAAAUAGCUGUUGACGAAGCCAUUGUUUAYGAAAGAGAAGAUAGAAUACGCCAGAUUGAGGCAGAUAUAUUAGACAUUAACGAAAUCUUCCGUGAUUUGGCAUCAAUGGUUCAUGAACAGGGAGAAAUGAUUGAUUCAAUUGAAGGAAACAUCGAUAGAGUCCACACUAACGUUGAAAGUGCAAAUACUCAACUGUACAAAGCAAGCCAGUACCAAAAAGCUUCAAGGAAAAAGAUAUGCUGUCUUUUGGUGAUUGUAGUGUUAGCAGCUGGAGCUGUUGGACUUAUUUUGUACUUCAGCUUAAAAAAAUGACCAGUGGUCAAUUGUCAGUGGUCUAUGGCUUUCAUAACUCUGUGAAAAAACACCUGCACAUUAUAUKUUUCACUGGGAUAGCAUACUUAAUGAAAAAAAAGAAGAGAAAACUCGCUUUUAUAAUUAGUGUGUGAUCUGCAUAAGAAUUUCUAAUGGAACAGUCGUGAUAGAUUAAUUGUGAAUUAUACUGAGGGGGGCAUAGGGGGACAUAGGAGGUUGAGGUUUAGGCUUAGAAUCCAAAAAUUGCGUCUUGCAUAGUUAGCACAUCAAAAAUCCAUACUAAUGCACAAAUCAAUGUCAAUACAGAAAACCCAUGCYUUCUUUAUACUUCAUUUAGCAAAUAGACCACAAGGUCAAAUACAUAGUGCACAACACCCAAGUGGUCUAAUUGUUUUAGUAUCAAUCAAACUAUAGGAUAUAUAUUUUACAAAUGAACAUAAAAAGCAACAAAUGCCUCGAAAUUUGUUUGCCACAGUCAAUUCGACAGGGGCAGAUCCGGGAUUUUCCUGAGGGAGGGGUGCAGGGCUCUCAGGAGGGGGUGUCCCCCUCGACAAAAAUCAUUACCAUGAAAAUACAAAAUAAGGAAAGUAUUGAAUGAUACAGAUCUCAGGGGGGGCGCACCGCCUGCACCCACCAGCUGGAUCCGCCCCUGUGCAACCAUGGUCUAGAAUGAAUAUACCAUAGUUCAGUAGCCAAUAAGAAUGCAGGAUGUAUGAUAGCCAAUAGUGUUAUGGAUACAAAUAACAAUGAUACCCUUCCAAAGUCAUGAUGCUCAUUUCUAGUCAGCGUUUGCUUUGAUUCAUUUAAGGUUAAAUGUGUUAUUGAAAAUAGAUUUACAGUAUUCAUAUUUUAUAGAAUUUUCAUCCAUUACUUCCAUGUGUACAAACUUUUCUUUCUACAGCAAUAAUUAAUUAUACAAAUUGUUAUCUCAUUCAUGAAAUUUCAGAGAAGAUUCAAUUGAAUUUAUUUUUUCAUUAUCAAAUAAAAAAUCAGGCAUAAYAUAUUUUGUCUGACAACAUACAUUUCAUAAAGAGAUAUGUAGCUCUCAAGCCUUACCAGAUUUUAAACAACAUWGGUCAAAAUGGAUGUGUGUGUCAAGAUAAAACAAACAUUCACGAGAGUGAAUAAAAGAAUCAUCAUUUCGCUUGAUCGCUCUUUUUUUUCUCAUAUCACUGACAAUGCAUCAAAAUGUGAAACUUAUGAGGCUUAUUAGGUAGAUGAAGUUAUCAAAGAUAAAAAUUGGAAAUUUAAUUUUUACAUGUCCAAUAUUAUGAAUAAUUAAUAAAUAAGGGAUAAAUAUUGUGGUAAAAAGAUUGAUUACAUGCGAAAGAGAUUGUGUACAAUGAAAUAUUUUGAAAUARAAUUUGAUAAAAUAUCUGAUCACCUGGAUUGGCUCCAGCUGAUCCAACUCUUUGGAGUGUAGUUUUUACAUAAAUUGUAGGAAUAAGUUGUUAAAUGAUGUAAUUUUCUAAAUAAAUACAUUGUUUCCAAUGA